AUUAAAAAAAAACCACAAGCCAUGGAAGAGCUCACGGCGUUUGUCUCCAAAUCCUUCGACCAGAAAAGCAAAGAUAAGAAAGAGGCGAUCACAUACAGAGAGGUCCUGGAGAGCGGGUUAGCGAGGAGUCGGGAGCUGAGCGGAUCCGAGUCGAGCUGUCAGGACAUCACAGAGAACAGCCACUGUCCGCCCCACAGCUACAGGGACCCCGAGCCCGAGAACCGCACACUCAGGGAACCCAACCCGGGCAGGACUUCAGAAGGAAUCUACGAUUGUAAAGAGAAACGGGAGGAGGUGAAGUCUGAGGAUGAGGAUGGACAGACUAAGUUGAAGCAGAGACGGAGUAGGACAAAUUUCACACUGGAGCAGCUGAACGAACUGGAGAGACUUUUCGAUGAGACCCACUAUCCGGACGCUUUCAUGAGAGAGGAACUGAGUCAGAGACUGGGACUGUCUGAGGCCAGAGUCCAGGUCUGGUUUCAAAACAGACGAGCGAAAUGUCGAAAACAAGAAAAUCAAAUGCACAAAGGAGUUAUACUGGGCUCGGGAAGCCACAUGGACGCCUGUAGAGUUGCUCCGUACGUCAACAUGGGUGCUUUAAGGAUGCCCUUUCAACAGGUACAAGCUCAGCUGCAACUGGACGGAGUAGCCCACGCCCACCCCCACCUGCACCAUCACCUGGCCGCCCACGCCCCCUACCUGAUGUUCCCCCCGCCCCCCUUCGGCUUGCCCAUCGCCUCCAUCGCGGAAUCGGCAUCGGCGGCAGCAGCAGCAGCAGCCGCCGCCGCCGUGAAGACCAGCAGCAAGAACUCGAGCAUCGCCGACCUGCGGCUCAAGGCCAGGAAACACGCCGAGGCCCUGGGGCUCUGACAAUCACCAUCAGCGGGUCCUCCUCACCAUCCCUACCAGCCUCCAGCACAGUGUGCAGGUCCCGCCACGGGCGAGCAGUGCCAGGCAUGGCAGCUCCAGAAACUCUUGUACCAAUGUCAGCUGCACUACAUGAUGCAAAUGCAAGAUCCCAAUAGCAUGGCAGGGCUUCAGGGGCCCUUUUGAACAGCCA